UCUUCUUCAUUUCGAUUGCAUUCUUCGCUUUUGUUUAUUCAAUUUGUGUAUCAUUACUGGAUUUGUAUAAAAAAAAAAAAAAAAACAAGAAACGAAGCGGACGGACACGUCGACACAAAAGAAAGGUUUUCUUCAAACGUUUUUCUUCCCAACGAGUAAUUUAUAAAAAAAAUCCAAAUCCAGUGUUGGGCACACAACUCAACAAAAAUGCGUCUCACAAAUUUUCGAAGUGGACGAAUAAUUCGUUUGGUAAUUUGCGCUCUUAUUUUCAUUCCAUUAAUUUACGUCCUGGCAACAUGGUCCGAUGGUCACAAAAAAGUCCGCGAAGUCUACAAUUCUGCCAAACAAUCUGCCCUAAGAAAAAAUCGUCAAGCACCAGUUUUAGUUACAGGUCUGGGCAACUUUGAGCCACGUGAUCUUGUCAAGCGAACUGGACCGGGUGAAGAAGGUGAAGCUUACAUCCUGCCGCCAGAAAAGAAAAAUAUAGCUGAAGAUUCUGAAAUGGAAUAUGGCAUGAAUAUUGCAUGUUCCAAUGAAAUAUCUAUGCAUCGUUCUGUCCGUGAUACUCGCUUAGAAGAAUGCAUGCACUGGGAUUAUCCCUACGAUCUGCCAAAAACAUCCGUCAUCAUUGUAUUCCACAAUGAAGGUUUCUCCGUUCUAAUGCGUACCGUCCAUUCGGUUAUUGAUCGUUCACCCAAACAUAUACUCCACGAAAUCGUCCUAGUCGAUGAUUAUUCCGAUAAGGCUGAUUUAAAAGACCAACUCGAUACAUAUUUAGAACAAUUUAAUGGACUCGUUCGUUUAAUUAGAAAUACAGAGAGAGAAGGUCUAAUUCGAACUAGAUCGAGAGGUGCUAAUGAGGCUACCGGAGAAGUUAUUGUCUUCCUCGAUGCUCAUUGUGAAGUGAAUUUAAAUUGGUUGCCACCGCUGCUGGCACCUAUUUAUCGUGAUAGAACUGUUAUGACUGUGCCAAUUAUUGAUGGUAUCGAUCAUAAAACUUUUGAGUAUCAUCCUGUUUAUGGUAGUGGACAUCAUUUUAGAGGUAUCUUUGAAUGGGGAAUGUUAUACAAAGAAAAUGAGUUGCCUAAGAAGGAGAAGAAACGACGAGCACACAACAGUGAACCUUACAGAUCUCCAACACACGCCGGAGGACUAUUUGCCAUAAAUCGAGAUUAUUUCUUGGAACUCGGCGCCUAUGAUGCUGGUUUGCUUGUUUGGGGUGGCGAGAAUUUCGAAUUGAGUUUCAAAAUUUGGCAAUGUGGUGGUAGUAUCGAAUGGGUGCCCUGUUCAAAGGUUGGACAUGUCUAUCGUGGAUUUAUGCCGUAUAACUUUGGAAAACUUGGACAACAAAAGAAGGGCCCAUUGAUUACAAUCAAUUACAAACGAGUCAUUGAGACAUGGUUUGAUGAUACCUACAAAGAAUACUUCUACACACGAGAGCCACUGGCUCGAUACUUGGAUAUGGGUGAUAUUACUGACCAAUUGGCAUUAAAAGAGCGUCUAAAGUGUAAGAGCUUCCAAUGGUACAUGGAUAAUGUAGCCUACGAUGUAUUUGAUAAAUUCCCUGCUUUACCUGCGAAUUUGCAUUGGGGUGAACUACGUUCAAUAGCUACAGAUAACUGUCUAGAUUCUAUGGGACAAUCCCCACCGGCCAUAAUGGGCCUUCAGCACUGCCAUGGAGCUGGCAAUAACCAACUUAUAAGACUGAAUGCAGCUGGCCAGCUGGGUGUUGGUGAGCGGUGUGUGGAAGCUGAUAGACAAGGAGUCAAAUUAGCUGUAUGUAGAUUGGGUACAGUUGAUGGCCCAUGGCAAUACAACGAAGAAACACGUCACCUUUUACAUAGGGUGAAUAAAAAAUGUAUGGCAUUACAUCCACAGACAUCACAAUUAAUGCUUAGCCAUUGCGAUGUGAAUGAUGGCUAUCAACAAUGGCGGUUUAAACCUAUCAAACCAAGAUGGUAGGAAGUUAAUUAGUAUUUUAUUUAUAUUGACGAAAUAUCCGUUGAUUGUUAUUUAAAAAAAAACGUCCUAAAACUAAAACAAAAUUAAAAAAAAAAAAACAA